CCGAAACGGGGAAUGCUGCGCAACUGUUGCGAAAUGAUUUUUCACGUUUUGCAUGUAGUUGACCGUAUUAUGUAUAUUUUUCAUUGAAUUUAUGUCAAAUUUGACCACGUUAACAUCACAUAACACUCGAAAUGUCCAUUCCAUCAGCCUGCUGUCUAAGGGGACUGGUGGUCAGAGGACCACUCCUUGCCUCUGUCCGUCACAAGGCACGCAUAAACAUCCAGAAGCCAAAGCUGCCUCACUGGGAGAAGGCGCGCUUCCAGCGGCUGACAAAGCCACGUCUUCCGGACCCAGUGGAUGCCAGGCUGGCGCCGCACGCAGGCUGCUUCCACGCCGUGGAGGUCCCGCCCGCACGGGAGGACAAUCCUUUGGAAGUUCUUAUCGGAAAACAGCUCCGCAAAACCUGCGAGAACUCACGACUCAUCAUAUUUUUCCAUCGUAACUCUAUAACGCUCACUGAAGUACAUAAGGCCUGGCAGAUGCUGAAGCGCGCCGGCUUCACCUACCACAAGCUGUUCAACAACCGCAUCGCCGGCCACGCGUUCUCGGAGACGCGGCUGUGGCCAGUGCUGCAGCUGUGCCGCUCGCACACGGCGCUGGUCACGUGCCCCGAGCCGCGCGUGGCCCAGCUGCUCAGCCUGCAGAAGCGGCUGCCGCAACUGGUCGUCAUCGGUGGAGUGGUCGAGGACCGGUUCAUGUCGGUGGCCGACCUGGAGCGGUACGCCCAGCUGCCCUCGGUGGACGCGCUGCGGGCCCAGUUCUGCCACCUGCUGAGCGCGCAGGCGGCCGGCCUCAGUGCCUCGCUGGGCCACCACCAGGCGGCGCUGGUGCGCUCUCUGACGGCCUACAGCGAGCCGGCGGCAGCGGGACGGCAGGGCCAGGAGGAGAGCUGAGGGAGGCGGGCACGGCUCUAGUGAGAACUCUCCGAGUGUGCGGGUGUGAGUUGGGGACGAGAAGGUGACUGUGUGGGUGCCGUUCUGUUUUCUAGAGCUCUCAGAGUGCCUGGAGGCUGGAGAGGCAAGGGACAACGUGUGACGAUGGUGCAUGGGAAAGUCUGAAUAAAUAAAUGUCAGUGCGCUUACGUUGUGAAACAAAAAUGGUCCGGUCGACGCCACGUAUAAAAAAAUGAUGGUUAAAUAUAGAAUGCAUAGCAGUG